GCAGGCGCUGUGGAUGUGACUGUACCUUCUGAUCCCCGGGGACGUUGGGUUUACGUGGUCCCCCUGCUGUCGCGUUUUUUCGCGCUAUCACCCCAGGUGCUGAGGGUUCCUCCAAAAGAGUGCGAGAGGCCAGCAGCGGGAAGAUGGCAGCGCACUCAGUGUCCUUUGAGGAUGUGGCUGUGAAAUUCACCUUUGAAGAGUGGGCUCUGCUGGAUCCUUCACAGAAGAGACUCUACAGAGAUGUGAUGGGGGAAACCAUCAGGAGCCUGGCCACUGUGGGGAACAAAUGGAAAGAGCAGAACACACAAAAUAAGGACAAAAAACAGGAGAUUAAUCCAAGAAGUCACAUGUUUGAAAAAUUUUAUGAGAUCAGUGGUCAUCAGUGUGGGAAAAACAUCUUCUCAGUUUCAAAUCUCAGUCUCACCAAGGAAACCCCUGCUUGUGUAACACCAUGUAAAGGCAGUUUGUGUGGAAAACUCUUCAUACAUCCAGCAUUCCAUAGUGGGCAGCCAAGGUUUCUCAUUAAGCAUAGACCACAUGAGAUUGAGGAAUAUGGAGAGAAAUCAUACAAAUGUAAGGUGUGUAAUAAAGCAUUCAGUCUUCACCAGUGGCUCCAGAAACAUGAACAGUGUCAUACUGAUGGAAUGCACUAUGAAUGUACACAAUGUGGCAAAGCCUUCAGAUUUCUCAGUUUCUUUCAGAUACAUGAAAGAAGUCAUAGAGAGAAGUCUUAUGAAUAUAAAGAAUAUGGUAAAGUGUCCUUUACUUCUGCAAGCUUGCAGGGACACAGGAAUCUGCAUUCCACAGAAAAACAGUAUGAAUGUAAAGAAUGUGGAAAAGGAUUUCUUUGUAAUAUAACACUUAAGAUACACAUGAAAGGACAUACUGGGGGGACACAGUACCAGGGUAAAACCUGUGGAAUACCUUAUUUGUACUACUCAGCACUUAAACAACAUGAAAGGAAUCACACUGGAGAAGAACCCUGUGAAUAUAAUCAGUGUGGUAAAUCCUUCAGCAUUUCCACACAUUCACAAUAUAAUGAAAAGAUUCACAAUGCACAAAAGGCUUACAAAUGUGCAGUAUGUGGCAAAGACUUUAAACACUGCAGUAGUUUUCAGCUACAUAAGGAAAUUCAUACUGGAGUGAAACUUCACAAAUGUCAGGAAUGUGAGAAUUCUUUUGUUUGUUUUCAAGACUUUGAAUUACAUAUGAGAGUGCACAGUGGAUAUCGACUUUAUACAUGUAAGGAGUGUGGGAAAGCAUUCAAGAGUUCAAAUGGCUGUAGAGGACAUGAAAGAACACAUACUGGAGACAAGCCAUAUGAAUGUAAACAAUGUGGUAGGACAUUUGCCUACUCUACUGCACUUCGAGUACAUCAAAGAAUUCACACUGGAGAGAAACCUUAUGAAUGUAAACAAUGUGGUAGCACCUUUGCUUACUCCACUUCCCUUCAGGUGCAUCAAAGAACUCACACUGGAGAGAAACCAUAUGAAUGUAAACAAUGUGGUAAGGCCUACUCUACUUGUAGUAGUCUCAGAGGACAUGAAAGAACGCACACUGGAGACAAACCUUUUGAAUGUAAACAAUGUGGUAAAGCAUAUGAUUACACCAGUAGCCUCCAAAGGCAUGAGAAAACUCACAUAAAAGAGAAACCCUAUGAGUGUAAACAAUGUGGUAAGUCCUUCUCCUGGUCCACUGCCCUCCAAUAUCAUAAAAGAACUCACACUGGAGAGAAACCUUAUGAAUGUAAACAAUGUGGUAAGACCUUUGCUUAUUGCAGUGCCCUACGAGCUCAUGAAAGAACUCACACUGGACAGAAACCCUAUGAGUGUAAACAAUGUGGUAAGACUUUUGCCUAUCGUGGUGUCCUACAAGGCCAUGAAAGAACUCACACUGGACAGAAACCCUAUAAGUGUAAAGAAUGUGGAAAGGCAUUCAGUGCUUUUUGUACUCUACAAAUACAUGAAAGAAUUCACACUGGACAGAAACCUUAUGAAUGUAAACAAUGUGAUAAGUCCUUUUCUCACUCAAGUGCCCUCCGAGGUCAUGAAAGAACUCACACUGGACAGAAACCCUACAAAUGUAAACAGUGUGGUAGAGCCUUUUCUUUUUCCAGAGCCUGCAGAGACCAUGAAAGAAUUCACACUGGUGAGAAACCCUAUGAAUGCAAACAAUGUGGUAAGACUUUUGCUUAUGGCAGUGCCCUGCGAGAUCAUGAAAGAACUCACACUGGACAGAAAUCCUAUUCAUGUAAACAAUGUGGUAAAGCCUAUGGUGCUUUUAGGACACUGCGAGCUCAUGAAAGAAUUCAUACUGGACAAAAACCCUAUGAAUGUAAAUGUGGUAAGUCCUUUGCUUACUCCACUGUCCUCCGAGUGCAUCAAAGAACUCACACUGGAGAGAAACCCUAUGAAUGUAAAGAAUGUGGUAAGACCUAUGCUUACGCUACUUCCUUCCAACGGCAUCAAAGAACUCACAUUGGGAAACCUUAUGAAAGUAAGCCAUGUGGUACAAACCUUCAUUUACGCCUGUGGUCUUCAGUGGAAUAUAAACACUGAGGUGGAGGCUUGUGAAGGUAUACAAUACAAUACUAUUAGUUCCAUUUAGACUUAGAUUCAUGGACCAAAUCAGUAGCGAGAAUCCUUCUGUUAUGAACAGUGUGCCAAGGCCUUUAGGUAUUGAAGUGGCACUCAAGGACAAGAAAAUACAAAGGAACUAGAAAGCUUUGUGGUAAAUAAUAUAGGGAAUGUAAGUAUGUCUGUUUCCUGUUGUGUUAAUGGGUCCAUAUGGAAAGAAUCCCUGUGAAUUGUGGAUAUGUUGAAAGUUCCAUCACAUCACACACCCUUUGAAGAUUUAAAAUGGACAGGAUAUAAACUUCACAUUUCUUCAGAUAUCCUUUUUUAUUUUGAAAUCAAAACUGUCAUCAACAGAAACUUCAUUCCUUUUGAUUUUUUAUUUUUUCUACUACUGGAGAACUAGCUCAGGAUCUUUAUACUGAGCUCAAUUCCAAACUCUCUACUUUUAUUGAGAUAAUAUCUUAGUUGCUAAUUGGCCCAGGCUGGGUUUGAAGUUGGUAAGCUCUGGCUGUACUCUCACAAGGCUAUGUAUGCAGUUGUGCACCAUCACAAAUGGCUGUAAUUUCUUUAAACUAUGGGAUGUCAAUUAAUUGACUUACAUCCUUAGAAUAUGAUGUGGGAUUGCACACUGGAUAAAAUUGUAAGUAUGUGAAAAAUACAUUGUAUUUUAAGAUUUUGGUGAUGUGAAGAUUGUAAUUGGAGAGGAUAAUAAACAUAUUAUGAAAAGCAAAGAGCUGGUCAUUUCACAUAUAAUACUUUACAAAAUUACCACUAACACUAGUAUUUAAAGGUUUUAAAUAUACUGUUUUUAUAUAUGAAUCAUUCCACUCCUUUUUGUUUGACGGUUAAAAUUGAUAAAAAAAGUGAAAGGGUGUUUGGCACAUGCCUGUAAUUCUAGGAGCAUGAGCAGCUGAAGUAGGAGGGUUGGAAGCACAAAUGGUACUGUGGUAACUUAGUGAAAGCCUGUCUCAAAAAAAAAAAAAAAAAAAAAAAAAAAAGCCCUGGGAAGGUAGCUCAGAGCAGGUGCUGUAUUCAUUGCUCAUUAAAAAAAGGUGAAAGGAAUGUUACCACAGUUUUGUAAACAGAACAUGGUGUGAUAACAUUGCCAUCUAUUUCCUGAUCACAUCCUCACAUAAUGAGUCACUGCAGACAGCCACACACUUCAGAUGGCUCACAAACACCUUUAGGCAAGUGUGAGUUAGGACUUGUGCUCUUGUUUUCUGUUCACACUCAUUUGUUGUGUGUCAUAUGGGCUCAAUUUGAGCUAAAAAAAUAAAGCCUCUUUGCUCCCUAGUGCAAGGUAGUGCUGCAUGGCAUCAGUAGAGGUAUUUGUAGAAUUUGUGUGAUCUAGUGAUCUAGUGGUGCCUACAUUUUCAUACACAGGUAUACUGUGGUAUACAGGCUUACACCUCUGAAUUUUGGUCUUAGGUUGAUUCAGGCAAUAGGAAAAAAUGUAUCAUUCAUGAUACUUCUAAAAAUGUAGUGCUAUUGUCCAAGAAGAGUGACUCUGGAAUCCCAAUAUAUAGAACAGGUAUCUCCAGGCUUUCAUGGUGUGGCCUCUGAAGAACCAGUCCAAACACAGGAAAGGAUUGUUAAAUGAGGGAGGGAAGAUUUAUCUGCACUUACAGCUGUUCUUCAUAGCUUAUUUUACCAAUUGGCCUCCACCUCCAGUCACAUCAGCAGCGUCACUGGAUUUUCCUAGAAUAGUGAAACCUCUGAAUUGCUCAUGUAAGACACAGGUUGCCAACUCCUUCUGAGAAUCUAAUGCUUGGUCCAAGUUGAUCCUUUUAGCAUGAGGGAGUGGCUACAAAUGCAGAUUAACAUUACAGAUUGAUUUACACAGAGAUCAUAAGUCAGUUGCUUACAGACUGAUCAAAAUUAUUAGUGGCAAGUGACAGCAUCUGGUGGUAGGCUUUAUAUCAGAAACCCACACUUAUUUUGGUUCACACUCAUUUUAUUUGCCACUUUGGUUCACAUCUUUUUUCACACUGCACACUUUUCUGCCACACAUUUGAUAAGCCUAUAAGCUAAUCCCAGGCAAAAGAGUAAAAAUCAAAUAUCACUGAUAAGAUUUGAAAAGGGAAAUAAAGCCAGUGAUGAGAUACCAGAAACUACAAAAAGCUGACUUUAAAAUCUAAGAGUUCAUAAAGUAUGGGUUAAGUACUGAAACAGAUCUCCCUAGGAAAAUGAAAAUUUGAAGAACACUGAAUUUGCAUCUUACAUCAGAAAGAAUCACUGCCCUCUGCAAAUCAACUAUUACCAAGACUGGUGAGGCCAUCAGCAAAAAAGGAACCAUUCUGAAUUGUUAGUAUGAAUGUAAAUCAGUACAACCAAUCUGAAAAUCUCUGGAGAUUCCUCAAAAAACUAAAGAAAGAAAUUUCAUUCAACCCAGCUAUUUCCCUUCUAGAUAACUUCCCCCAAAAUUUCAAGACACCAUAUUAUAGUGUUGAAUACAUAAUCAUGUUUAUAGCAGCAUACUGGCAAAACCAUUGAAGUAGCCUAUAUAUUGACCAAUAGAUAAAUGGAUAAAGAAAAUGUCUUUGUAUACAAUAGAGUACUACUUUGAUAAGCAUAAAUUUCAGUCAUAUUUUUGAAAAUAGAUGCAUCUUGAGACCAUAAUGUUAAGUGAACUAAGUCACUAGUUUAAAUAUCUCAUAACUUCUCUUAUGUGAGAAACACAGGUAUUAACAACUUUAGAAAUAUAAUAGCAAACAGGGAGAAAGAUCUUUUUUAAAUGAGAAGGGGAUAAAGUGAUGGAGGGAUGGGCAAGAUAGAGGAAGGGGAAUAAAAAGAAUGAAGAUAUUAAGUACAUUUUCCUCCCCACAAGAUGGAUGUAAAGUUUGUGUAUUUCAAACAUGUACUAAUAAAAAUUACUGGAAAAA